UUGUUGACCGUACAGUGUAGUUGUAGUUUUGACCUGGCUUUUUGGUGACGUGGUUUCCUCUCAAUUCAGCAAGCCGGCACAUUCGGAUCGUGCCCAUUUAGUGUGACGAGGUCCAAAAACAAGCUGUGGUCGUCAGCCUGUAUUUUUGCGUAGGGUUCCCGCCCCAUCUGCGUCCUCAGCAUCGACUGUCCAUUUUUUCCGCGUCUUUCUCCGAUCUUUCGAUGCUCUCGCUGCGAAUAACAAGGGUGCGUUGUAUGAGUAUUUGCUGGGACGCAAAGAGGUGGUUAUGUCUUCGUUCUCGCCCGCCGUCCCUUCACGCGCGUAUGUGUUUUAUCGAUGGUGUGUUGUCAUGGGAGACCACAAAUCCACUACCCCCUCCGGCUUCUUGUUAGACUGCUGCAAGAAAAGUUUGUCUCAGUCGUGUUUUUUGCCAACAACUGCCUAUUUCUUGCGGAGGAACUCCCCAGAGGAAACUGUGAAUGGAGGGGCGGGAAGACAGGCACUUGGGAGCCACAAGACACACUCGGCAUUCCCCGGCGCACUCUAGACUGCCCUCUCACACAGCACACACGGGUUAAUCAGUCUCAAUUUCAGAGGCUUCGCUGUGCAGAAAAAGGUAUUAGGGGUCCCUGUGAUGCCCCAAACUGUUGUCAGUAUCUGUGUGGAAGUAUACAGUCGCUUUUCCCUCCCCCUGUGGGAGUCCGUCGUCCAUACGCAAGCACUUCUGACGUACGGGAAGCGUCGACUCGCUUUCCUGGCAGGUUCAUUUGUUCCGAAAAGGGAACUUUCGAAGAAUUCAUCUUCGGUGGAGGGAUGGCGGGCGGAAGCUCAUUACGAACACAGCUUCGAGCGCUGCAAACUGUUCCGGAGGUAUAUCGAAGCCAGAAUUUCCUUUGUCGGCUUGAGACCGAGGAUGCGGACGUCCUUGCGGCCAGGCUAGAGGCUGCCGAGGAGAGUGAGAGAGAGCAGCAAAGAAAGUAUCGCGCCGUGUUUAUACCUGUUGACCCACAGCUGGAGAAGGAAAUCAACUGCGAAAUCCUCAAUACGGACAUACGCAAUUAUCCCUGGAAAGAAACGCCCUUCGGGGAUGUAUACUAUUCCCCGCGGUACAGCGAUGAAAGAUAUACAUACCGACAUGUCAUCCUGUCAAGGGGAGUCCGCAAGGAAGCGGAAAAACUUGCGUCGACAAUGCCAGAUGGCUUGCUGACGGAAGACAUGUUCAUUCACUGCCUUGGUAUUGCAUUGUCACCCGGCUGGACACAUUUCAUGUGUUUCAACCGAAAGUUGAAGGAGCUGAUUCUUAGGAGACCCAGAGAAGACGAUAACCCCAAAGCGACCCAGGGAGCAUCGAAAGUAGAUGGAGCACCAGGAGAAGGCGAUGAGGUGGAUGUUGACAGCGACGACGAACCACCGCCUGAAGCGAACCCACCGCGCACCGAUGCAGGAAAGUCAAGUGGCAGUGGAGAUUGUCGACCCGAUCAUAAACAUUGUGACUCAGCAUGCUCUGAUGAGAACUUCCAGAUAUCCCAAUGUCGAAAAGGCGAGGUGGAAGUUCCACCUGUUGGUGCUGCCUGUGGCAAAGAAUGGCGGGAGAGGAGUCUCCGCCCAGAAACGCGUGUGUCAGUGGAACCGUCCAAGAAAGCCAACCAAGGGAGAGCAGCGACGACUGGAGAGACAGGGAACGGUGUGCCGUUGUCUCGACGACCGCAUGCGCGGAAUAUAAGUGCUAAGGAUUCAACAGAUCUAGGCCGCACAUCAGCAGCUGCGACAGCUGUUUCUGGAACGCGCCAACUCUCAUGCAGGCAUGCAAAAUGUGUGUCUAAUAAUAUACCCUCGUGUUCCGAGGCGCAGAGUGGAAGAGAAUUUGAUCACGACCAUGCUCCAGCCGCUAGUUAUGGCGAUUGCAAUGUUUCGGGUCAGCCACCGGAAGGCCCUUCAUCAGCACGCGAUGCCGCUGCACAAAAGGAGGUUCUUGUUAGAAACAGACCACUCGGUGACCGACCUCAGCAAAAACGCACUCGAGAUACGCAGCCACUGCAGCGGCCGAGGCCAGGGGAACCGAAGUUGAAGCUUCAUUGUGCAAAAGACGGUUCUCGUCCAUAAAAGGGAUGGCUGUCCCAUGCAGGCGCAUUUAACUGGUGGAAACGGCACGCAACAAUUUCCUAGGGAACUGACGUAUUUUUUUAUGCGUGUUACCCCCCUCUUUAUUUUGUUCAUAGGCGCCCAUAGUGGGGAGCCUUGUCAAGGUAGCGAUUGCAAUCCCAGAAGACGACAGCAAUUCGGGUGUCUUAUGUCCGUGGGCAAACUUGCAGAGGCGUGGUGCGACCCCAUCUGUAGGAACCUUGAUGUUAUAAUGAACUCUCAGCUU